CAUCCCCACGAAGUGCGGAAUUCAGCGUGCCGCGCUCGGUCUUACCCCAUAUCCAACACACUUAUAUCACCCCAGUUAUAAAAGGCUUCUUGUGGAGAGAAUGUGCGGUUGAAGUCUGAGUAAUCUGGGGAUGCUGUCAAGAGCCUGAGAUUUCUCCCUUUCCUCGUUCUCGUUCCGAUCGUUCAUGCAGCAUCUCUACCUAGUUUAUCCACGAUACUAAUAAAGAUGGCGAUCGUGAACCUUUUCCUCGUCGUGAAAGACACUUUACUCGAUAAUGCUAUCCAAUACAGUCUAAUCGGACUCUUAUGGGUUCCUCUCCUCUAUGUGAUCGCAAAUGAGGUCGUUCGCAGCAAAGCCCGCCUUCCUAAUCUGAAUGGCCCCAAAGGACUGCCCCUUAUUGGCAAUCUGCAUCAGAUCCGGACAAAUGCCGCUGAGCAGUACCGUAGGUGGGCGAAGAAAUAUGGCGGGGUGUAUCAGAUUCAGCUAGGAAAUAUUCCCAUUGUCGUUGUUAAUACGGCAGAGGCAGCCAGAGUCAUUUUCGGUCAAAACGCGCAGGCUCUGAGUUCGAGGCCGGAAUUCUAUACUUUCCACAAGGUUGUGUCAAACACUUCUGGAACGACUAUUGGCACGUCUCCCUACAGUGAAUCUCUCAAGAGGCGGAGAAAAGGCGCUGCUUCUGCUCUGAACAGACCAGCAGUGCAGACCUAUGUCCCUCACCUCGACAUUGAGACCAAGACCUUUUGCGAGGAACUACUUGACUAUGGAAAGGCAGGUGAAGUCCCUAUCGACCCCAUGCCGAUGAUUCAGCGCCUUUCUCUCAGUCUUGCGCUUACCCUGAACUGGGGCAUUCGGAUGGACUCUCAAAAGAAUGAUCUUUUCCACGAAAUCACGCAUGUCGAGGAACACAUUAGUCGCUUCCGCAGCACAACGGGGAACCUUCAGGAUUACGUGCCACUUCUUCGUCUGAACCCGUUCAAUUUCGGAUCUGCUAAAGCACGAGAGAUGCGCAAUCGUCGAGAUGUAUAUCUGAAAGACCUUAACGACGGACUCGACGAGCGCAUCGCCAACGGAACACACAAGCCCUGCAUCCAAGCGAACGUCAUCCUAGACAAAGAAGCUAAGCUCAACAAGGAGGAACUCAUCUCGAUAAGUCUUACUAUGUUAUCUGGAGGACUGGAUACUCUCACGACUUUGAUGGCCUGGAGUAUUGCAAUGCUGGCGCAGCGCCCGGAUAUCCAAGAUAGGGCCUUGAAGGCGAUCAAGGAGCACUACGGCAAUGAUGCUCCUCUUUGUGAUCCCCUGGAUGAUCAGAAAUGCGAAUACAUCGUCGCACUUGCUCGCGAGUGUCUCCGAUACUAUACUGUUCUUCGUCUUGCUCUUCCUCGCGCCUCUGUCAAAGACAUCGUCUACAAUGGCGUCCGCAUUCCAAAGGGCACGGUCGUUUUCCUCAAUGCCUGGGCAUGCAAUAUGGAUGAUGAAGUGUGGGAAGACCCCGACGAGUUUCGACCAGAGCGUUGGCUCCAGCACCCCGACGCACCCAUGUUCACGUACGGACUGGGCUACCGGAUGUGUGCUGGCUCCCUCCUCGCCAACCGAGAACUUUACCUUAUUUUCAUGCGUCUGCUCAACUCUUUCAAGAUUGACAAGUUUGACGAUGUUGACUACAACCCAGUCACUGGAAUGGAUGACCCAACGGCGCUGGUAGCCAUGCCGAAAAGAUAUCGGGCUCGAUUUAUCCCACGUAACAAGGAGGCUUUACAGAAGUCGCUGAAGGACUUUGUUGCUGUUGAAUGAAUGGAUAUAUGAUGAAAUUAUGUAUAUGUGAAUGUGGCAUGUUAGGGAUAUAUAGUAUUCUGUCAAAAAUAAACACUAUGAGACACGAGCGAUGUAG